CAGGAGCAGGGACGGGACUGCCACUUCCCCGAGGAGAAGGCGGAAAGCGCGGGAGAGCCAUGAAACCACCGCAGCGCGGCAGCGGCGCGCGGUGAGCGCUCCCGCAGAACGCCUGUCCCCUCCCGGAGGCCGUACCGCCGCUCCCGCCUAAACGGGGCGGGCGUGGCGCCGGCCGUGAGGGUCCCCGCGGCCAUGAAGGCGCUGCGGCGGCUGAGCCGGCACCGCACCGCGCUGGGGCUCGGCGGGCUCUCGCUCUGCGCCGCCGUCCUGCUCUACCUCGCCAAGUGCACCUCCGAGGGGCUGCGCCCGCUGCCCGCGCCCCCCGCGCUUCCGCACAGCCAGCCCGGCCGGGGGGCCCGCGCCGCGCCCCCGGCCGGCCCUGAGGGCAGCGCCUUCGUGGCCGUAGUGGUGAUGAGCGGCCCCAAGUACAGCGAGCGGCGCAGCAUCAUCCGCAGCACCUGGAUGGCGGCGGCGCGGCAGGCGCCUCACGGCCACGUCUGGAGCCGCUUCGUGGUGGGCACGGCGGGGCUGAGCGCCGAGGAGCUGCGGAGCCUGGAGCUGGAGCAGAGCCGCCACCGCGACCUGCUGCUGCUGCCCGAGCUGCGCGACUCCUACGAGAACCUCACGGCCAAGGUGCUGGCCACCUACGUGUGGCUGGACGCGCACCUGGACUUCCAGUUCGCCCUCAAGGCGGACGACGACACCUUCGUGCGCUUGGACGUGCUGGUGGAGGAGCUGAGGGCCAAGGAGCCGCGGCGCCUCUACUGGGGCUUCUUCUCGGGCCGCGGGCGGGUGAAAUCCGGGGGGAAGUGGAAGGAGAGCGCCUGGCUGCUGUGCGAUUAUUACCUGCCCUACGCGCUGGGCGGCGGCUACGUGAUCUCCGCCGACCUGGUGCGCUACCUGCGCCUCAGCAGGGACUACCUGAACCUGUGGCAGAGCGAGGACGUGUCCCUGGGCGUGUGGCUGGCGCCCAUCGACGUGAAGCGAGUGCACGACCCCCGCUUCGACACCGAGUACAAAUCGCGCGGCUGCAGCAACAAAUACAUCGUGACUCACAAGCAGAGCAUCGAGGACAUGCUGGAGAAGCACCAGACGCUGGCCAAGGAAGGGAAGCUCUGUAAGGAGGAGGUGAAGCUCAGGCUUUCCUACAUGUACGACUGGGGAGUGCCUCCCUCGCAGUGCUGCCAGAGGAAGGACGGCAUCCCCUGAACGCCUCGGGAGGAAGGCUCAGGAUGGUGGACUCUGGUUGCUGUUACACGGGGAGAAUCCCGUUAAAAUGGAAUUCUUGCCUCAGUUUCUCCCUCAGAACAUUGGGCCCAAGGCUUUGGGAUGCAGGCAUGGCUGGAUGUAGGGAAGAGCAGAAUCCUGGAAUCUCCCACUCCAUAUCCAAGGACAGACUUCCCAAAUCCCAGCCCGGUGCUGUGGAUCCAUAAUUCCAGCAGAGCUGAGUGGGAAGAGCUGAUAAAAUGGAAUUCUUGCCUCAGUUUCUCCCUCAGAACAUUGGGAACAAAUCAUUCCCCUCAGGCACCGAUCCCAAAGGCUUUGGGAUGCAGGCCUGGCUGGAUUUAGGGAAGAGCAGUUAAUUGGAGUCAGGGGUUAAUUACUCUUAAAAAGAUUUUGCACGACUCAUUCUGUCACCCUGACACUCCCUGAGAACUGCUGACGUGGCAUGGUUAAAGAUGCUUAAAAAAUAAAAUAAAAUAAACCAAGUGCCAGAAAGCACAGCAAAAGGUCAAAUGCCAGGAUUGAAGGCAAAUAAAAGGUGUCAAAACACAAAAAGUGGAGAAAAGGGGGGGGAGAGAACUGGAAUGAAAAGCUGGAACAGAUUCUGAGGCUGAUUUGCUAAAGGUCAUGCUAAGUUUUGAUGCUGAUAAGAAUAAAAUGAGGCUGCUGUUUAUUCCUUGGCAAGGAAAUGCCAGCUUGGCACGGAGGGAAGAGCCCAAACUGGGACCAGAUUAUUCCAGAGGCUGGGAACAGGGAUCAGCUUUUCUGGGAGGGCUGCAGGGAGAGCAGAGAAUGGAAUCAUUCCAUCUGCUCAUUUGUCUUGUUCUGCUCUCUGAAAGGCAACGUACAUAAAUCACCUGGCAGCUCCAAAGGGAGGCGGCUGAGUUUUGGCAGAAAUUAAAUUUAUUCUGAUUUUGGGAGAAGAUUUUUUGGCUUUGCAAAGCCUCCAGGUGUUGUUUUGAGCUCAUUUCCCUCCAACUCUCACUCAAGAACUCCCUGGCUGCUCCAAAUUUAGGUUUAUUUUUAAUACAAAUGAGCAAAAAUUGAUCAGUAGGAGUUCAAAAACCAUUUGCCCAAGGGUGGGGAUUUCAGGUAUAGAAGUGAAAUUUGUGUAGUCAAGAGAAAAAGGUUCCCCCCACCCCAAAAACUGAAUUUGGAGAACUUUUAUUUCUCUUUUCAGCACACUAAAAAAUCACAUUUAGGUGCUCAAAGUUGGGGAAUUCCCUCCUCUUCUCCAAAAAUUCCUUGUAGAGGAACUAAAAUUGAAUUAAUUAUCAGUGACACGUCCAGAAUUUGGGGAUUUCCCUUCAGUCCUGCCUACACCAAAACAUUCAGAGCUCACCCAGGCCUCAGACACGAGUUCUUUAUCUCCAAACCUGGAAUUCCAACAUUUUCCAGUGGCAGCUGCUCCAGAAUUUCCCCAGUGCCCUGUGCCAGCUGCAGCUCUGCAGUGUGAGCAGUUUUUACUUUGGAAAUGUAAAAUUUCAUUUUUUAAAUGUCUUUUUGGUGAGGUUUUUUUUCUUUUUUUUUUUUUUUUUUUGGUGUUUGUUGCACUCUGCACUUUCAUUCCCAUUCCAUUCCCUCCUUCCCAACUCUGGCUGGAAGAGACAAAUGGCACAGAAAAAUUGAAAAUAAAAAAGGUGCCAAUUUCUCUUUCUUUUUGCUUAGCAAAAUUAGGAAUUUUAGGAAUUAGGAAUACCAAAGGGAUCAGUUACAUUGGAAUUUUUUUUUUGUUAUUCUUGUUUUAAUUAAUUAAUAACUGAAGAUCAAAAAUCUUCAGAAGAUUUUUUGGUUUAAAAUUUUCAAGGCUUUUUUUCCUAAAACAAAACUAAAAUCCAGCAAAAACUCAAUUAUUUUAGCAUGUUGAACUCAAUUAUUAUAAUUAUUGUUCUAAUAAUUAUUAUUAUAAUGCAUGCAUAGGGAUUACCAAGGAGUAUGUUUUUCCCCAAAUAUCCUGUUCCAAAGCAGGAAUUUUCCAAGAUGUCAGCAACUUCCAGUUUUUUAAACGUCCAUUUGCCAUCUGAGGUUCAUCAGUGUUGUCUGUGUCGUGAUAAAUUACCUGUAAUGUGAAUAUUUAUUUAUA